UUAGUGAGCCAACCUUUAAGUAUCACGGCUCUCACUGAUGAGUGCACGCAUCUCGUGAGAUGCCGUUAGGUUCGGGCUUAUGACGUGAUCCCCGAAGGAUCACUCUCUCUCCGGCGCGCCUCCAAUUAGGAUAGUGAAUAAACGUUUUUAUAUGUGUUAACUUAUUCGCGUGCAUUCGUCCACCUCUUUUAAAUGCAUGACGACAGACCUUAACAGUGGCGACGAGAAUUUGUUUUAAAAGUUUAGUGUCUGUAAAGUAAAAGUCUGUGUUUUAACGUGUAAGAGUGUUUAAAAAAAAAAAACUCCAGCAUCACGUCGAAGCGGCGCAGGAUGAACAGCGGAGAUGGAGCGAUGGAAGUCCCGAUGGAUGAAGACCAGCGACGAUCAUCGUUAGGCCGUAUCGAUUACCGUGCAAUGACGGCCCAACAAACCGGUGAGGUUCCUUCCGUGUACGACCCGCCGGGCCAUGUUCAACCUGGAUCGCGCGGCUACGUGAGUCAGCAAGGGCAGUUAACACCGAGGCCAGUGCAGCUAGGACCAUCGCCAUCGCAACCAGCGCCAUCACAGUCAGCACCAUUGCCAUCCGUACAAAAUGGCCAGAUGGGUCAACAACCUCUGGAUAACGCCGUCCUGCAGCAAACCUUGCACUUGCUGCAACAGCAAUUGAAGCAACAGCAACAGUUAAUUUCGCAAAUGUUGCAACAGCAGCAAUCCGCGCCGCCAGCCCAGCUACAACCCGCACAGCAGUACCAGCCCGCCGGUCCUAGUAACCCAGAACUUAUACUCGAUGCUUUGGCCAAUAGCAUAGCAGAGUUCCGGUAUGAAGCUGAAUCUGGUGUUACGUUCGAAGCUUGGUUCACACGCUACGAGGACCUGUUUGCCAAAGACGCUUCGCGGCUAGGCGAUGAGGCUAAGGUAAGGCUUUUAGUGCGUAAGUUGGGAACACCAGAACACGCCCGUUAUAUAAGCUAUAUUUUACCCCGCUCACCACGUGAUUUAUCGUUUGAGGAAACCGUCGAUAAGCUGACAGCACUUUUUGGGUGUAGAGAAUCUCUCCUUAGUAAGCGCUACAGAUGCCUCCAGAUUUGUAAAAAGCGCACGGAAGAUUUGAUCGCGUUCUCCUGUCGGGUAAACCGAGCAUGCGUCGAGUUCCAGUUUGCGAGCAUGAACGAAGAGACCUUCAAGUGCCUAAUGCUGGUGUGUGGGCUCAAAGAUGAGGCUGACAAUGACCUGCGAACUAGACUCCUUGCGCGCAUAGAGGAGCGGAACGACGUUACGCUUGAACAAUUAUCCGCAGAGUGUCAGCGUAUUACAAGUGUGAAAGGAGACAGCGCUAUGAUUGCCGGAGAGACGAGUGAACGUGUUUUCGCAGUACACAGCGGAGAGAAGAGAUCGCACGAGAAAGCAGCGCAGCAAACUAAUUACAAGCAGUUCACGCCGUACCGUACCAAACGACCGUUCCGUGCAAAGUAUGCUGUGUGUUCAUCAACAAGCAAGCCAGCGAAGCCCUGUUGGUUGUGUGGUGACAUGCACUGGGUGCGUGAGUGCACUUACCGUUCGCACAAGUGUCUCGACUGUGCAAGAUAUGGUCAUCGUGAGGGGCACUGCAACACAGCGAGCAGGAAGAAGCGGUUCAAUGUUCGGCAACGGAAUAUCAACACUCGUGUAGUAACGGUCAACGUCCGAAGCAUACGAGAGCGCCGCAGAUUCGUGUCCAUCGCUCUCAACGGAACAGCUGUUCGAUUGCAGCUAGACACAGCUUCGGAUAUCAGUGUCAUCGACCGCCGUACGUGGAGAAAAAUUGGCAGCCCGCCGUUAACACCGUCAUCCGUCACAGCUAAAACUGCAUCGGGAGCUACACUGGUAUUGGAUGGUGAAUUCAGCUGUGCUGUUAGUGUUGGUAGCCAGACGAGGCAGGCGACACUCAGCGUAUGCGGAGCAGCAAACCUACUACUACUGGGAGCCGAUUUGAUUGAUGUUUUCUCCCUCUGGUCGGUGCCGAUGGAUGCGUUCUGCAAUCACGUUGCAGUAGCAGGACAGCAAUCGUUCCAGCAGCUUUUUCCCAAGGUGUUUACGGGAACAGGACUCUGUACAAAGGCGAGUAUAAAAUUUACCUUGCGAGAUAAUGUUCGUCCUGUUUUUAGACCUAGCCGCCCAGUAGCUUACGCGAUGGAGGAAACCGUGAGUCGUGAGCUCGACCGUCUUGAGGAGUUGAAUGUCAUCACUCCUGUAACUACUGCAGAAUGGGCAGCUCCAGUGGUCGUCGUGCGCAAAGCCAACGGACUUGUUCGUAUUUGCGGCGACUAUUCGACGGGACUUAAUGCUGCGUUAUUCCCCCACGACUACCCGUUACCUGUACCAGAGGACAUUUUUGCAAGGCUGGCAAAUUGCAAGGUCUUUAGCAAAAUAGACCUGUCAGAUGCAUUUUUGCAAGUAGAAAUUGAUCCAGAAUACCGUCAUUUCUUGACCAUAAAUACGCAUCGAGGGCUCUAUACGUACAACCGACUUCCACCUGGCAUUAAGAUAGCUCCUACAGCCUUUCAGCAAUUGAUGGACAUAAUGCUAUCCGGUAUCCAAGGCGUUUCAGUGUACUUGGAUGACAUCAUCAUCGGAGGUCCAUCCGAAGCGGAGCACGACGCAACCGUAGUAGAAGUUUUGAAUCGGAUUCAGAACUACGGGUUCACACUGCGAACGGAAAAAUGCCACUUCAGGGUUAACCAAAUCAAAUAUUUGGGCCACAUUAUCGACAGCCAUGGAUUACGGCCUGAUGCGCAGAAGGUUGAAGCUAUUCGCAAGUUACCGGAGCCAACCAAUUUAACCGAAGUAAGAUCGUUUUUAGGGGCCAUAAACUAUUACGGUCGGUUUGUACCCAACAUGAGAAAUUUGCGCUAUCCAUUGGACGAUUUGUUAAAGGCCGGAGUCGAAUUUCGCUGGACGUCGGAAUGCAGAAAAGCUUUUGAGAGCUUCAAGACGAUAUUGGCUUCCGAUUUACUACUAACCCAUUACGAUCCUAAACAAGCAAUCAUCGUAUCUGCCGACGCAUCAUCAGUUGGCCUCGGGGCGACAAUAAGCCAUAAGUAUCCUGACGGAUCUAUGCGGGUGGUCCAGCAUGCCUCGCGCGCCCUCACAGCGGCAGAAAAAGCAUACAGCCAGAUUGAUCGCGAGGGCUUGGCCAUAAUUUUUGCGAUAAAAAAAUUUCAUAAGAUGAUAUUCGGCAGAAAGUUUUUAUUACAAACAGAUCAUCGGCCGCUUUUGCGAAUAUUUGGGUCGAAAAAAGGAAUCCCCAAUUUUACAGCCAAUCGGUUGCAACGUUUCGCUCUUACCCUACUGGCAUAUGAUUUUGAAAUAGAAUACGUUCGCACCGAUCAGUUUGGCAACGCUGACCUUCUUUCCCGCCUGAUACACACACACGCCAAGCCAGACGAAGAUUCAGUGAUAGCAUGUGUUACAUUAGAGGCGGAAGUAAAAUCAUUGGUAACUAGCGCUAUUCAGUAUGUUCCAGUUAAUUUUAUCGACAUAAGUAGAGAAACCAAAGCCGACAGAUUAUUAUCCAAAGUCCUUCAAUACGUUCAACAUGAAUGGCCAAAUAAUGCAGCUUAUGAAGGAGAACUGUCGCGCUUCCAUGACAGAAAAGAUUCGCUUACAGCAAUCGACGGGUGUCUCCUAUUUAGAGAGAGGGUGGUAAUCCCCAAAGUAUUGCAACGCACCUGCUUGAAACAGAUAGCAGCUAAGUCUCCAACUCACAUCAAGUCGACCAGCUGGCCAGAAGCACCAGGUCCGUGGUACCGCAUUCAUGUCGACUACGCGGGACCACUCAACGGGGAAUGGUACCUGGUGAUUGUCGAUUCGUUCUCGAAGUGGCCAGAAGUGAUUCCAACGAGCAGUACAACAACAACGGCAACGAUAAGUAUACUGCGUAACAUAUUUGCUCGUUUUGGCAACCCAGUAACACUUGUGUCGGAUAAUGGUCCACAAUUCACUAGCACAGAUUUUGAAUCUUUUUGUAGGCAAAAUGGGGUUGAGCACAUCAGGACAGCGCCGUAUCACCCGCAAUCCAACGGGCAGGCUGAAAGGUUUGUCGACACCUUUAAGCGCGCUUUGAGGAAGAUGUCAGCCGAUGGUCUCACGUUACGAGAAGCUCUGGACACCUUCUUGCAGACCUAUCGGGCCACCCCGAACGCUCAGCUGAAUGAUUCGAAAACUCCUGCCGAGAUUAUGCUAGGCAGGCGUCCCAGGACCUUGCUAGAGCUGUUAUUGCCGCCACGUCAAGCUUCACAAUCGAGUGCUGGUCUACGAGUUCGUGAGCUGAAUCCCGGUGAGUCGAUCUACGCUAAGGAGUACCGCCUGAACGAUUGGAAAUGGGUCACUGCUACGGUGGUCGAUCGGCAAGGCAGAUACAUGUACCUGGUUCGGACUGCUGAGGGGAAGACGUUCCGUCGACACAUUAAUCAGCUACGUCGGCGUAUCAGCGACGGUUCGUUUAAGGACACAACACGGGCCCAUUCACCACUACCUUUGGAUCUGUUAUUCGAUGCUUGGCACUUUAAUCCGUCACCAGUACCUGCAUCAUCGGGCCAGCUAGAAGCUGAUAAACCGUCCUCACCGCCAGCGCCUAUGUCGUCCUGUGUUGUACCAUCUAGUAAUGUUAAUAUUGAAAGCAGCCGUCCAACACUCAUCAAAUGUCCACGAAGAAGAGCUACAUCCUGCAGAACGGAUCAAACAAUCGAUUCGGUACAUGAACCACGUCGCUCUUCUCGCAACAGAAGACCGCCCAGUCGGUUCGAUGUGUACCGAACGUUUUAAGGAGGGAGAUGUUAUGGUGAAUAUUUUGCCUUAGUGAGCCAACCUUUAAGUAUCACGGCUCUCACUGAUGAGUGCACGCAUCUCGUGAGAUGCCGUUAGGUUCGGGCUUAUGACGUGAUCCCCGAAGGAUCACUCUCUCUCCGGCGCGCCUCCAAUUAGGAUAGUGAAUAAACGUUUUUAUAUGUGUUAACUUA